GGACACCUCCAACCAGGUGAUGUGCAGUGGCAGUUAGCAGAUGAUCGGCAUCAACUUGACAAGUUAUUGAAACACAUUUGAUCACCCUGAUUUUUUAUUUAAAAAAACGUGACUGAAAAAUCCAACAUAAAAAGAACUGAUUGACUCAGUCCAAUAAUCAAUUCUUUUCAAUUCAUAAUUCUUUUGGAGUGAAUUUCGUUUGAUAUUCUUCCUCAAAUAUUCCCCAUAACAGUGCAAAAAUGAAUGUUGAGGGUGGAGCCGAGAAUCCCGUAUUCAUCGAUGAUGAUGGAUUCAGUAAAAUUGACCUGCGAAAAGCCGAAUCCGAAAUUAGGCAGAAGGAGUUCAACCCCGGGCUGGAGCUGAAGAAAUUGCCACCCUCAAAUCAGCCUCCCCCCGAGGAGGCCCGACCAACCUGGAGUAACAGCUGGGAAUUCCUGAUGUCGUGCAUCGCGAUGUCAAUAGGUCUGGGUAACGUCUGGCGUUUUCCCUUCACAGCGUACGAAAACGGUGGUGGUGCCUUCCUAAUUCCUUACAUGAUCGUAUUAUUCCUGGUGGGGAAGCCCUUCUAUUACCUCGAGAUGAUAAUGGGUCAGUUCACGAGCAGAUCAUCGGUGAAGAUGUGGUCAGCAGUUCCAGCAUUGAGAGGAGUCGGAUGGGCCCAGAUGUUCUCGAUGGUAGCUGUUGGCACGUACUACUGCUCCCUGAUGUCAGUAACACUCAUCUACCUCUUCGGGAGUUUCAAUACCGAAUUACCCUGGGCUCAUUGCCUCCUCGAAUGGGGGGAUAAUUGCGUUAAUUCCGGUAAAUCCAAUGUCACGAGAAAUUCAUCAAUAAACGUUGGUUCCAUUAAGAGCUCAGCAGAACUUUAUUUCUCGAAGACGGUGCUGAAGGAAAAGUUGAAUAUUGACGAUGGAAUCGGCUUGCCAGACUGGAAGUUGACCAUCUGUCUGCUUGCAGCUUGGAUCUGCAUCUUUGCUGUUCUAGCGAAAGGUGUCAAAAGCUCGGGAAAAGCAGCUUAUUUCCUCGCAAUAUUUCCCUACAUUAUCAUGAUUGCACUCUUAAUCAGAGCUGUUACCCUCGAGGGUGCUGUCAAUGGAAUCGUCUUCUUCAUCAAACCCAAUUGGGAUAAACUUUUCGAUCCCAAUGUGUGGUAUGCCGCUGUCACCCAGUGCUUUUUCUCCCUGUCCGUUUGCUUCGGAGGAGUCGUCAUGUACUCCUCUUACAAUGACUUCAGUCAUAAUAUUUAUACAGACGUUAUAGUUGUGACAACCCUAGACACUUUCACCAGUCUCAUAGCCGGUUUCACGAUAUUCGGCAUCCUGGGUAAUUUGGCCCACGAACUCGGCACCGAUGACAUCAGCAACGUAGUCAGGGGUGGAACAGGUUUGGCAUUCAUCUCCUAUCCCGAUGCCAUCGCCAAGUUCAAUAUCCUCCCCCAGGUGUUCUCAUUCUUGUUCUUCCUGAUGCUAUUCGUCUUGGGAAUUGGCAGUGCCAUCGCUCUGACUGGAGGUAUCGUCAGCAUCAUCUGCGAUCAAUUUCCCAGGUUCAGGUACUGGUACGUUGUACUCGGCACUUGUCUCUUCGGUUUCUGCGUUGGAACUCUUUAUUGCACACCGGGAGGACAGUUCGUCCUCGGUCUCGUGGACUACUACGCCGCCUCAUUUAUCGUUUUCUGUCUGGCCACUCUGGAGAUCACUGGAAUUUUCUGGAUCUACGGCCUUGAAAAUUUCCUCAGUGAUGCCGAAUUCAUGUUGAAAAAACGACCCAGUAUUUAUUGGAGAUUCUGCUGGGGAAUUGCCACACCUUUAGUACUCGCUAUCAUCCUUAUUUACACUAUUGCUACAUUAACGCCCCUCACCUACGGUGGUGUUUAUUAUCCCGAUAGUGCAUAUGCUGCCGGCUGGACACUCCUGUCAUUCGGAAUUAUCCAAAUCCCCUUCUGGAUGGCUUACACCUUCGUAAAAAACCGUCAUCUAGGCCUAUACGAGAUGCUCGCGACUUCAUUCCAACCGACUCCUCUCUGGGGGCCAAUAUCCCCCACCAAUCGUACAGCUUGGAAGCAAGUUAAAGAGGUGCUACGAAAAAAACAAGCGACAAGAACAAGUUCACGACUGAAACAAUUCAUCUACGUUGUCUUCUGCCAAGAGGAUAAAUUGACGUGAACAGUUUAUCUCCUGGCGAUUGUAAAUAUAUUUUUUCUGGAUUGAUGGGUAAUAGUUGUAAUCGAGAACAGCCUUCAGUAUUAUAGACCCCAGGAUGAGUAAUAAGUGCGGAAGAUAAAUAAAUAAACUGUGAUUAUUUCUCAAUGACGUGACUAAUCCAUCGGCGGUGUAAAGAUGAGAUGUUGCGAGAUUGUUUUCAAUGUUCAUGUGCUAUCUGACUGAUUAUUUCAUCAGUCACUUCUUUGUCGCAUCAAUUCAAUUUAUCAGGAUAAACUGUAUUAUGGGUGUUAAUACAUUGUGUUUACAGAUGGUGAAAAUACUCUGAAAAAUAUGUUUGAUUGUUACUAUUUCGUAUUAUUACUUCAAUAUCAUUUUCGCUUUGUCAUCAUGUUAAAUAAAAAGUGCCAGUCGGUGCAUUAUUGGAAUUAAUUUGUGACUUUGGCUCAUUGUUAUUCGAGAAAAAUUCAAUGACAAAUUCAGGAUUGAAUUAAAGAGGAAUUCUUUAAACUUUGAUGAAUUUAUCUUUGAGAUUUGGAACUUAUCAAAAAUUCUGCGGGGUUUUUAUUUAAAUUGUCGAUUAUUGUAUUUAUUUUUGCGCUAAAAGAUUUGUGUCGAGUGAUAAAAAUUGACAGGCGCUAUUCCAUUGGAAAUUCAAUUGAAUUUUUCCAAAAAUAAGCGCUAGAUUUUUCGAUCCAUUCCUCGGCGCAUGUUUAGGGCAUGAUUGAGUGGUGGCGUGGAAAAAAUAGUUGAUUAAUUUGUUUUUGAUUACAGCAGCUCGCUGAUAAAUCAAAAUUCAAAUUUCAUUGACCAACAAAUGAUGAAAUUGAUAAAGAAAAAUCGUAAUGCGAUGAAUCAUUGACGAAAUGUGAGGAUUUAAGAAUGAAAGGGAUUAGCCGCUUCAUAAAGUGCCGACGUAUUUUCAACGCUUUCAAAUCCAAACAAUUUUCAUAAUGUAUUUAUAAGAACUGUAUGUUUAAUAUCUAAUUGUUGCAUGAAUUGAA